AUGGGAUAAGUAAUAAAUAGUAUUAAAACCAACCCUAGUAAUAAUUUAACUAUGCAAAAUCAUUAUUAGCCAUAAUUCAUUAAUUUUAGACACACUAUUUCAAUAUUAUCAUAUAAUAUAUUAGCUGCUAUUUAUUGUGAAUAAUAAUAUUUUAGUUAUGCUCAAAAUCAAAAUCUAUAGUUUGCGAAUAGAAGUGCUAAAAUUAUUAAUUAAUUGAAAAAUUUCAAUCCAGACAUAUUUUGCCUUCAAGAAGUGGAUAAUUUUGAAUUUUAUAAAGAACAUUUUAAGAAACUAAAUUAUAAUUCAUGUUAUGUUUAGAGACCUUAAAGAUAAGAUGGAUGUUUAAUUGCUUUUAAAAUUGAAAAAUUCAAAUUAGUAAAAUAUUCAGAGUAUUCCCUUGAUAAGAUGGCAUUAAAUUAUGGAUUAUCUGUUCAUUACUAAAGACAGAAUGUGUUUUAAAUUAUUAAAUUAGAACAUAUGUAUGUAUUUUUUAAGAUAUCAUAAGAUUAACAAAAAAACAGCUAAUCAUUGGAAACAUACAUAUUUUUUGGAAUCCUGACUUAGAUGAUUUAAAAUUCUUUUAAAUUGUUCAACUUGUUUAAAAAAUGGAGGCUGAAAAAGAAUCAGAUGAUUAAACACUUAUUUUUUGUGGUGAUUUUAACAGUUAACCUAAUUCUAAUCCGAUUCAAUACAUAUAACAAAACUAACCAAUUUUAGAAAGAAUUGAGAAGUCUUAAAAUUAAAUUAAACUCUAAAAUGAGAUAUUUGAACAUUAUGGUCCUCCAAAAUUGAAUUGGCAAAGUGCUUAUCAUCCAUUCCCUAAAUUUACUAAUUAUACACAAAAUGUAAAUUUUUGCAUUAGUAUAGUUUAAAGGAUGUAUAGAUUACAUUUUUUAUCAUAAUACAAAUUUAGAAAGGAUUUUAAGAAUUCCAGAUGAAAAAUUACUUUAAUAAGAAGUAGCUCUUCCUAAUACCUUUUUUCCAAGUGAUCACUUACCAAUUUUAGCUUAUUUCGAUUUUUAUUAUUGA